AUGAAAUUACUCGUCCUCGCUCUCCCCUUCCUCACUCGAGUUUCAGCUCUCACCCUUCCUCACACCGACAGCGGUUGGUCUCAACUUCGCGUCGGUCCUUUGACGUCAGAACACAGGACUUCGCCCCCUCAUGAAUGGCGCUUGAAUUCUGUUUGGAAAACUAUAGCGGGUGCUUUUGGUUGGACUGAGCUUGAUGUCUUUGACGUUUUCGAAGGGGUCACGAAGGAUGACCGACCUUUGAAGACGAUCUGGGAGAUCAUCUCCGAGUCAAAGGAUUUCACAAAGUUGACGAAGCUCAUCAAAUUAGAUGACGAAUUCCGCAAGAAACUUGACGAGUCUCAUCAUCUCGGCUGGACUUUCUUUGCCCCAGAUAACCGCGCCUUCCCUUCUCGCCCUCAUCAUGAUGAUCCCGACAAGGACAACAUUCUUUCCUCUCGCGAAAAUGCAUUAGCUUACCUCCUCCAACGUGUCGAGUCCCUCGAGCGCUCUGGUGGCGGUGAUGAUGAUGACCACGACGAUGACGACGACAAGAAGCACAAGUGGAAGAUCAUCAAGGAGAUUGUUCGUGAGGUUUUGAGGUAUCACCUCUUACCAUACGAACUGAACUAUUUCCAUCUCGGCUGGAACUCCAGUCUCGCUACGGAUCUCGUCACUCCAGAAGGUUCAUUUGAUCAUCAACCUCAACGCGUCAAACUCGAAAAGUCCCUAGUCCCUCCAUCCCUCACACUCAACAAGUACGCACGUAUCAAGCGGGGUGACGUGUGGGCUUCGAACGGUGUCAUUCAUGUCAUCGACCACCCACUCUUCCCUCCAUUCGGUGUCCUCGAUCAGGCGUUCCUCGUUCCUCAGUAUUUCUCUACACUUACGUCCGCUAUCCAGAAAGUUGGUCUCGAGGAUGCGGUGAAUUGGUGGUACGAGCAUGAUAAGGAUGACGAUAAGGAUAAAGAUAAGAUUAAGGUUAGACGUUUCGGUGGUGAUGGUGAUGGUGAUAACGAUCAUAAACAUCAUGGUCACUUCGUUGGAACUCCCAGCGUCACCCUCUUUGCACCCACGAACGAUGCGUGGAAAGCUCUUCCCCAGAAACUAGUCAACUACCUCUUCUCUCCCUUCGGCAAGCGAGCUCUCACCAAACUUCUUCGAUUCCAUAUCAUACCCGAUUACAUCGUCUACACCGAAUGGGUCCACGACGUACGCAAGAAGAAAGAUGUCCUUUCACUCGAUGAUCGCGAAGGAAACGGAGAUGGAGUGUCGACCAAAGGAACCGAGUUGGACUUCGAAUUCCCGUUCCCUACCGCUUUGAAAGGUGCCAAGUUGGACGUUCAUAUCGUCAAGACGUUGCCCAACUUGCCUCUCCCCGGCGGGGCUUCCUUCGAUAUAUUUGUUCAGGGCCAUCGUGUGGAAGAUAACGAUCUUCCAGCGAGGAAUGGUGUCGUUCAUGCAUUGGGUGUCGUGUUGGAUCCUAGGCCUAAGAAGGAUAGGCAAGAGAAGGGUGACAAGGACUGGGAUAAUUGGGAGGAAUGGUUGCCGAGGUGGGCGGAGGAAUGAUUUGGAAAAUCAUGGUUCUUUUUCUUGACGUG